AUGAACGAGAAAGAACCUGUCGUCGGCUCCACUGAUUAUGGAAAAGACGAAGAUUCAGCUGAGGCUCUUCUCAAGAAGCAUCGUGCACUGAUGUCGGAUUUGGAUGCCUUCAAAGGAACCAUCGAUGAUUUGAGAAAGCAGGCCGCCCAAUGUAAAUACCAGGAGCAACCAGUUGGACAGCUUGGCCGUGAUUGUGUCCUUGCGUUGUACGACUAUCAGGAAAAGUCUCCUCGUGAGGUGUCUAUGAAGAAGGGCGAUGUUCUCACUCUGCUGAACGCCUCGAACAAGGACUGGUGGAAAGUCGAAGUAAAUGAUCGCCAAGGCUUUGUACCAGCUGCCUAUGUGAAACGUAUUGAGCCAGGCACUGCUCAUCAGCACAGCCAACAGCAAGUCAACUCGAUUGGUGGAAAGCAGAAUGAGAUUGAGGACAAAUACCAACGUCUGAUGAUGCUUGGAGAAACACGCAAAAGAAAGCUCGAGGAAGCCUGCAAAGGAUACCAACUUCUCAGAGAAGCAAAUGAUCUUGCCGAAUGGAUCAAGAGCCGAGUAAGUGUUAAACUUCUCAGUACACUAUAUGGUUCUUUUUUCUCACGGCGCACUUUCUCUGCUUAA